AUGUACAAUUACGUUGUCACAGCUCACAAACCAAGUACAGUACACGGUGCUGUGACAGGUAGCUUUACGUCGCCUGAUGUAGCAAACUUAAUUCUACACAAGUUGACGCGCGUGGAAAUAUUCGUGCUUGCGCCGGAAGGCUUGAAGUCUUUUCUAGAUUUUCCUGUAUAUGGCCGAAUUGCCAAUUUAAAGAUAUAUCGUCCUGUGGGCCGAAAAACAGACCUGCUAUUUAUUUCCACCGAAUCAUACAAGUUUUUCGUGCUCUCAUUCGAUAUGACAUCACAAAACAUCGUAACCGAAUCGAUGGGUGACUUAUCAGAAAGAGUAGGAACACCGGCCGAUAAUGGUCAAAUAUGUGUGAUAGAUCCCGCGUGUCGAUUACUUGCUUUACAUCUAUAUCAUGGCAACUUGAAAGUGAUUCCAAUGGAAAUGCCACCAUCAUCUAACCCAAAAAAAAGGGUAGUGAUAAAGGGUCAUCAUCAAACAUCACGAGAGCCUGGGCAAUUUAAAGACACGUUCAAUAUAAGACUUUCAGAACUACAGAUACAAGCUAUGACGUUUCUGUAUCAGACUGCCCAACCUACCUUGUUGAUGAUGCAUGAAGAUGUUCAUGGCGUUCGUCAAAUAAAAACGUACAUUGUGAAUAUUAGGGAUGAAGAACUUAUUGAGGGUCCUUUGCAUAUCGAUGAUGCUGGAAAUGUUUUAGCAAUAGCAGCUGUUCCUAAAGGAGGAAUAUUAGUGAUCACAGAUCUCAAGAUAACCUUUUAUGACAGAGAGUUUCGUCCAAAUGAGAUCUUGCAUUCAGAGUCAACACCUGUAAAGAUAGUAGCUCCAAUAGAUUUAGAUGGUUCUCGAUAUUUGCUUGGCGACGACAAAGGAGAGCUACGUCUCCUCGUGAUACCUCACGUUGGGCCCAUGAAAAUUGAAAUACUUGGAAAGACUUCUCUGCCUCAUUGUAUAGUUUACCUAGAUAAUGGCUUUGCUUUCGUGGGAUCUCAUUUCCAUGACUCUGUGUUGAUUAAGUUACGACAUGAACCUAAUGAACAAGGUUCUUAUUUCGAUGUGGUGGAACGGUUCACGAAUUUAGCGCCGAUUGCAGAUUUCUGCGUGGUUGAUUUGGAAAGACAGGGACAGGGACAAAUAGUAACAUGUUCGGGUGGAUACCAAGAUGGAACACUACGAAUCAUUCGAAAUGGCGUUGGAAUCACUGACCAAGCCACGCUUGAGAUGAGGGGAAUCCGUGGUGUGUGGUCAUUGCGACCGUACUUUGAUGCUGGCUCUGACGACACUAUUGUUAUCUCAUUCGCAAGUGAAACGCGUAUACUGACAAUGAUCGACGGUGAAGAACUACAGGAAGUCGAAGAAUUUUAUAAUUUUAAUUUGAAUAAUAUGACAUUACACGCAGCAAAUAUAUUGGGAAAUAUGUUAGUUCAGGUCACUGAAGAAAGUAUACGGUUAAUUAAUUGCAUGGACCAAAGCAUUGCGUCAGAGUGGUUUCCAAGUACUUUUGAAGGUAAGAUUACGGUCGCUUCUGUGAACCCAACUCAAGUGACCAUUGCACUUGGUGGUGGAUGUUUGGUGUACUUUGAAAUCAGAGGGACGGAACUUGUGCAAGUAAAUCAAACAAAAUUAGAACAUGAAAUCGCAUGUUUGAACAUAAACCCCAUUGACCCAUUAACGCCAUACAAAUCCGCAGUGGUAGCUGUAGGUCUAUGGACAGAGAUCAGCGUUGCGGUAUUAAGUUUACCAGAACUGAAACUGAUUACCAAAGAAUCUCUCGGCGGGGAAGUAAUGCCACGAUCAGUUCUAUUUGCAAGAUUUGAUAAUAUGUAUUAUUUAUUGGCUGCAUUGGGCGAUGGACAAUUAUUCAAUUUCAUUUUCGAUCCGGUAAAAGGGACAAUAAGUGAAAAGAAAAGGUUGUUGUUGGGAACUCAGCCUGUUACACUAACGACGUUUAUUUCGAAUGGCACGAGUAAUGUUUUUGCUGCUUCGGAUCGGCCGACUGUCAUUUAUAGCAGUAAUAAAAAGUUGUUAUAUUCUAAUGUUAAUGCAAAGGAAGUAACAUACAUGUGUCCAUUCAAUUCCGCAUCUUUCCCAAACGCUUUGGUAAUCACACACGAAGAAGGUUUGACAAUUGGGACAAUUGACGAUAUUUCCAAACUUCAUAUCCGAACUAUACCAUUGAAUGAAAUGGCACGUCGUAUAUGUUACCAAGAAGCAUCGUCGACGUUUGGUAUAUUGACAAUCAGAGCAUACAUUGAUGAGCCAAAGCAGUGUUAUUUCCGGAUAUUGGACGACCACACAUUUGAUAUCCUAGAUGCUUUUCGAAUGGAACUCUAUGAGAUCGUGCAAAGCCUUACUACUGUCAAGUUUGAUGAUUCUCCAGAUUCGCCAGAGUUUUACGCUGUUGGUACUGCUUUUGCAUUACCGAAUGAGGAUGAUUGUCAUAAAGGGAGGAUUUUAAUAUUCUUGGUGGAGAAAUCAGAAACAACACAGAAACCAAAAUUACGUCUAAUAUCUUCAUUAGAAAUAAUGGGAGCAGUGUAUUCUCUGGCGCCAUUAAAUAAUUAUUUGGUGGCUAGUAUUAAUUCAAAGGUGACAGUCUUCAAACUGACACUUCCCGAUUCUGGCCCUGCUCUCGUCCCAAUAUGUAGUAAAUGUGGAUUCUCGGUGGUUUAUUGUAUCGUUACAAGAGGCGACUUUGUGAUUGUCGGUGAUCUUAUGCGAUCCAUCAGUUUAUUGUUAUAUAAACCAUUAGAAGAAAAACUCGAGGAAAUCGCCAAAGAUUGGAACAUGAAUUGGAUGAACGCGGUAGAAGCACUCGAUGACGAUGAGUACAUUGGUGCAGACACAAGUUAUAAUUUGUUUACGGUGCGGAGGAAUUCCGAUUCGACACUUGAUGAUGUGAGAAGUCGGUUAGACGAAGAAGGGGUCUUUCAUUUAGGAGAUAUGGUUAACCGAUUUCGUCAUGGCUCACUGGCGAUGAAUCUUCCCGAGACGGACCCAAUAGCUACACCAUUACUCCUUUACUGCACAGUAUCGGGGGCAAUAGGAGUCAUCGCUACGGUUAACGAAAAGAAACAUGAUAUUCUAUGGGAGCUGCAACGGUCUAUGCGACAUAUGAUCAAAGGAAUAGGAGGAUUAAAACACAAGCGAUGGCGCUCAUUCAAUAACGAACGUCGAAUAGUAGAAGCACGAAAAUUCCUCGACGGCGAUCUAAUAGAAUCAUUUCUAGACUUGAGUCGUAAACAGAUGGAACAGAUUUCCGAGGAGACGGGGUACAGCGUCGAAGAUCUGUUCAAGACUGCGGAAGAACUUACGAGG